AUGUCUUUCGGGUUCUUGACGGAGUCAGCGCUGCUUCCGGCCAAGUCGAAGCCCAUCAAAGUGGACGGCCGCUCCCUGGUAGACCUCAAGGCCAUCGUCUACGCCAAGGAGCAGAAGGCCAAGCUUGAAGGCGGCGGCGGGAGCGGGAGCGCAAGCGGGGGGCUCCGCGGUCUGCGAGGAAAGCGAUCAUCGGGGGACCGGGACGGCGGCGCGCGCAAAGACCCCUUUGCGAGGAGCAACAGGGGCGUCGAGGACCGGUCGCAGAGGGACGAGAUCGAGAGGGUGACCGCGUCCACGAAGAGAAAGGCGGGGCAGCGGGUCAUGGCGGCGAAGUCGAGCCUCUACGAGAAGCUGGCCAAAGGAGAGAUAGGCGGUGCUACUCGGGCGGGGUCUCUGGUAGAUUUUUCGCGAAAGACGGGCGAUGACCUGGCUCUUCUCGAGGCCAAGGCCGUGGAGCCAAGGAAGCUCCGCCACAAGGACGAUGGAAAGCCCGGCUCUAGCGCCAGCGAGGCCGGCGACAGCCGGAGCAGCGGGGGCGGAAAGAAGCGACAGCGGAGCAGCGGCGGCCGUAGCAAGAAACGCGGCGGCGGAUCGGGAAGCCGGUCGGACUCUGGAGAGGAGGAUACGGGCGACGAUGAUGAUGACUUUUACGACGGCGGCGGCGGCGGUUACGGCGGGGAGGUGGAGAUCGUGGACGAGUUCGGCCGACACCGAACCGUCACCAGGGGAGGCCGCGAGCACCGGGAGCACCUCAAGGCCAGGAAGCGUGCGGCGGAAAUCGAGUCGGAGCGGCGGGAGUUCGAACAAAACGCCGCCGCCGCCGCUCCGUCGUCGUCGUCGUCUCAGGCAAACUUCGACGACCGCUACUCCUACCGAGGGAACACGGGCGCCGCACCCCCGCCUCCCGGGUUCUCCUCCUCCUCCUCCUCUACCACCGCCGGACGCUUUGGAUCGUCGUCGUCACCCGCUGCUCCCGCGGCGACCAGUGACGAUGGCCCAACAGCGGGAGGGUGGGCUUGGAGCUCCGGCGCGGGGAGGGGCGCCGACGAGGGCGACUUCGAGACGCGCGAGGGAGAGGAGCGGCGCGCCAAGAAGGGCAUGGCGGAGCUGCUGGGGCGGGAGGCCGGCGGCAAGGGCGACGACGAUGCCGGUGCCAAGAUUCGAUCUCAGUGGGAGCAGACGCUUAGCGGGGACCAGAAGACGUACUUGCGACAGGUCCAGGAAGAGACGGAGGCGGCGAGAAGGCAGACGAUGGCCAAGGCGAAGGCCGGGGGGGGGCAGACGGGCAGAGAGAAGCAGCGGGCCGAGAGGAAGGAGCUCCUGCGGCGGAAGCAGGAGGCCAGGGCUGCUCGCUUGCGGGGAGAGAGCGCCUAG